AUGGCAAACAUCAACAAUAAUAUGAAACAGAUCAUAUUGAAUGCCUUCGUGAUGAACACCCCGGGCCAUCUGGCGCCGGGGUUGUGGAAACACCCGAGAAACAAGACCGACCAGUACAAGAAACUGUCGUUUUGGACCGACUUAGCGCAAUUGCUCGACAAGGCAGGGUUCCAUGCCAUGUUCAUCGCUGAUACCCUGGGCCCAUACGACGUAUACAAGGGUCCAGCCAAUGUAGUCCCUGCAUUAGCAUCUGGGGCACAGUUUCCGGUCAAUGACCCACUGUACCUGGUCCCAGCCAUGGCGGCAGUCACAAAAAAUCUGAUCUUCGGCGUGACUGCGAGCGUAACAUACGAAAAGCCAUAUGCACUCGCCCGCCGACUAUCCACAGUAGACCACCUCAGCGAAGGGCGUCUCGCCUGGAAUAUUGUCACGUCUUAUCUCGACAGUGCGGCUCGCAACCACGGCCUCAAGGAGCAGAUUCCUCAUGACGAACGGUAUGCGAUCGCUCACGAGUAUAUGGAAGUUCUCUAUAAGCUUUGGGAAGGCAGCUUUCGAGAUGACGCCGUCCUAGAUGAUCGCGAACAAGGGGUAUAUAUCGCCAGUGAUGCGGUGCGACAGAUACAUCAUAAAGGGAACCGGCGUUUCGGAAGCUGGAAAUGGCUUCGGAGGAAAGCAUGGGGAGGCGAUCUUCAUCGGCGGCCAAACACCCGAAGCGUCCGGGUGACUGUGGACAAUAUUCGCAAAGUUGCAGUGCAGGAAGGACGCGACCCCGACCACAUUAAGGUUAUUGUUGGUAUUAACGCCAUUGUCGCCGCGACCGAUGAGGAGGCAAAGGCAAAGCGGGAGGAGUAUCUCAAGUAUGCGGACGAAGAGGGGGCAUUGGCGCUAUUUGGUGGGUGGACCGGAGUCGAUCUCUCAGGCUACACCGAUGACGAGGACUUCCGAUUUAGCGAAUCUCCGCGUGUUCAGUCGAUUGUAAGGCGAUGGUCUGCUACCGUGCCCGGGGCCGACAAUCUUCCUUGGACGAAGAGGCGAAUUGUCGAGUACUUAAGUGUUGGGGGACUUGGAGCGAAAGUCGUCGGGAGCCCCAUAACCGUCGCUGACGAGCUGGAACGAUGGGUAGACGUGUCAGGAGUAGAUGGCUUUAACCUGGCUCACAUUACCAACCCGGGGACGUUUGAGGACAUUAUAGAAUACUUACUCCCUGAGUUGCGACGAAGAGGACGGUUCCGAAGCGCGGUAGGAAAGGAAGGCGCCACAGCCAGAGAAGUUUUCAUCGGAUCCCGCAGGCUCCCAGAUGAUCAUCCUGGGAGCAAGUAUGGGUGGCAUGCUGGCGAGAAGCUACCCAAGUAUCAGCUGGAGGAAAAGAAUGGAGAAGAGGUAUGA